AGCCCGAGCAGCCCGAGCAGCCCGUCAUGGAGCUGUCGCCCACGGUGCGCACGGCGCGCCAGCAGCAGCACCACUCCGGCAACUGGAACGUGGAGGUGGUGCGCGGCAAGGUGACGACGCGCUGCUUCUGGAACGCCUGCAAGGCCUUCUCCUUCGGCGUGCUGCUCAUGGUCAUCGGCACCUCCAUGGCCAUCGUGGGCUACUACGCGGACCAGCUGUCCAUGGGGCAGGAGCUGCGCGGCAACCUGACGGUGCAGUUCAAGAACGAGAGCCGCGGCUUCCACCUCAACAACCUGUCGUACGCCGGCCCCAUCAUCAUGGGCUUCGGAGGAUUCAUCGUGGUGGCGGCCUGCGUCAUGACUUUCGAGGCCAGGGACUCGGCCGCCAAGGUGGUGCCCGCCAGGCCCAAGUACAGCACGGCGGUGCCCCCCGAGGGCGCGACGCCGGCCGCGCCGGAGCGCGUGGGCAGCACCAGGUCGCCCAGCGCAAGCAGGCGCACGUCCGCCCGGCGCUCGGCCGGCGUGCAGACCAGGGGCUCCCGGCGCCACCAAGGCAGCCAGCACGACCCGGAGCACAACCGGCGCGCGCUCACCGCCGCCUUUGUCCAAUUCUCGCGCGCGCUGCACCGCCAGGCCCUGUCCGUGGACUGCCAGGAGCUCCACGGCCUCGGCUCCAUCUCGCCCACCGGGCUGGGCCUCGGCCUGUACCUCAACAGGCAGCACUCGGGUCAGUCUGCCACCUCCGGCCACAGCUCCAGGGGCAGCCGCGACUCCAUGGAGAUCGGGGCCAGCGCGUGCAGCGCCAGCGUGGCCAGCGUGGCCAGCGGCUCCAACCGCGGCAGCCAGGCCUCCAUGGUGAUGGACCUCCACCUCCCGAACGACUGGCCGGUGACUCUGCAGGUGCGCGACCAGUCGCAGCCCGGCGCGUCGUCCAGGGGCGCGACGGUGCCGACGGGCCCCCCGCGCCGCUCGGACACGGCCCGCCGCCACAUGCUGACUCGGCAGCGCCCCGUGCUGGAGGACGCCGACGGCAAAGGGAAGACCCCCGGAGGCAAGCACAACCCCCAGCGCUUCGCUGGUGACCGCGACGGCCAGUGGGCCAAGUGGUUCACGGAGACGACGGAGACGUGCUCGGCCCUCCCCGUGUACCUAGUUUACCUCUCACAAGAAAACAUAAGUCACAGCAGAAGACCCACAUUUGUGUCCAUGGUUCUACAGACCAUUCUACGCGUCGCUGACUGA